AUGGAUACCAACGCGACAAGUCAACUCGGUGCUAAACUAUUUGAUUUUAUUGGUCCUUCCCUUCAAGCAUUUUCAGAGACUCGAGGUGCAGCAGCAGCAGUGUUUCGACUUAUUGACGAGGGAAAUGAUGCAAAUAUCAAUGAAACAGAUGUAUGGAAUGAUGCAGAAUCGAUUUAUAAUAUCAAUGGUGAUAUUGAAUUUGACAAUAUCAACUUUAUUUAUCCAUCUCGAAAAGAUGCACCAGUUUUGCAUAAUCUCUCUCUCGUGGCUCGUGCUGGCCAGACAACUGCUCUCGUAGGUUCAAGUGGCUGUGGAAAAAGUACAUGUAUAUCACUUUUUCUUCGUUACUAUGAGCCUUCAUCGGGUCGAAUCUCGAUCGAUGGUCGACCGAUAACAGACUACAGUGUCAAACAACUUCGACAAAACAUUGGAGUUGUUAGUCAAGAACUCAUUCUAUUUGGUAUGAGUAUUUAUGAAAAUAUUCGUUAUGGUAAAGUAAACGCAACACGAGCAGACAUAGAACAAGCAGCACGAGAAGCAAAUGCACAUCAUUUCAUCAUGCAAUUACCAAAUAAAUAUGAAACACUUGUUGGUGAACGCGGUAUACAGUUGAGUGGUGGUGAAAAACAACGUAUUGCAUUAGCUCAUGCUCUUGUCAAAUAA